CUACAGCAGUUGAAAAUACUUGGGAGCGGAGGGUGAAUCCAUUGAUUUUCUGACGAUGUUGCACAUCUCUUUAAAGCUGCGGUGACAAUUUUAACUAUAAACAUCUUCAUUUUGAGCACAACAACCGCAAGAAGGGCUUAUGUGCUCCUCGCCGCUUGAUUUCCGAGUCGGGGUGCUCUGUGUUGUUGGGGUAGAGUUCGUUUUAGCUGCACUGCAUCAACAUGGGUGUGAUCGGUGUCCAGCUGGUGGUUACCAUGGUAAUGGCCAGUGUAAUUCAGAAAAUUGUACCUCAUUACUCCUUUGCAAGAUGGCUACUCUGCAGUGGCAGUCUGCGGUGGUAUCAGCACCCUACGGAAGAUGAGUUGAGGAGCCUAGCGGGGAAACAAAAAGGACAGAAGCGAAAAGACAGGAAGUACAAUGGUCACAUAGACAGUAAGCCUCUCACCGUUCCAAAGGAUAUAGACCUGCAGCUGGAGACAAAAUCCAUCACAGAAGUGGACACAUUAGCACUGCACUACUUCCCUGAGUUCCAGUGGCUGGUAGACUUCACAGUAGCUGCAACUGCUGUAUAUCUGAUAACGGAGCUUUACUACAGUGCUGUUCAGCCCUCGGGAGAGAUGAACAUCAGUGUGGUCUGGUGCCUACUGGUACUCGCCUUUGUCAUUAAAACCCUUUUUUCUAUAACGGCCCACUACUUCAAGCUGGAGGAAGGAGGCGAGCGCUCGCUCUGCAUUACUUUUGCUUUCUUUUUCUUUGUCAAAGCCAUGGCUAUUCUCAUCAUCACUGAGAACUACCUGGAGUUUGGUCUGGAGACAGGCUUUGAAAACUUUUCUGACAGUGCUCAACAGUUUCUGGAGCACCAGGGCUUAGAGUCACAGGGUCCCAUAUCUAAACUCACCUUCAAGCUAAUCCUGGCCCUGCUCUGUUCUCUGAUUGGAGCUUUUUUAACGUUUCCCGGUCUACGGUUAGCCCAGAUGCACCUGGAUGCCCUCAAUCUCACCACAACCAAAUUUACACAAACUCUGCUUCAUAUCAACUUCCUGUCCCCCCUCAUUAUGGUCCUGCUGUGGGUGAAGCCAAUUACCAAGGACUACAUAAUGAACCCCACUUUUGGAAAGGAGAGUGUGCCUUUGAUGACUGAGCAGACGUUUGAUACUCUGCGGUUAUGGGUCAUCAUACUGAUGUGUGUACUCCGGCUCGCCAUGAUGAGGCACCACCUGCAGGCCUACCUCAACCUGGCGCAGAAGGGUGUGGACCAGAUGAAGAAGGAAGCAGGUCGGAUUAGUACUGUGGACCUGCAGAAGAUGGUUGCACGGGUUUUUUACUACUUGUGUGUAAUCGCACUACAGUAUGUGGCACCUCUGGUGAUGCUACUGCAUACGACUUUGCUGCUAAAAACCUUAGGUGGUCACUCCUGGUGGGUCUACCCUGAAGAAGAGCUGCCGUGCACACAUGAAAUGAACUCUGACUCUGUGAUGGGGGCAGAACCAAUAGCUGCCCCAACACCAGCUUCAGUGGUAGAAACAGGAGCCCGGGCAUCAGUGGCCCAACUCUCAAUGGCUCUGGGGGGCCUGCAGACUCAUAGCAUCAGCAGUCCAGCCGUGGCGUCCAGACCCAUAGUGCUGCCUCUGUUUCAGCCUGGUCAGAAAAGACUGAGUGGGGGCGACAGGGACCCACUGAAGACUCUGCUCCACAGCUCCUUUUUCCCCUCCUCCCUCUCUCUGACCACCUCACAAUGA